UGAGGUAGCAGACGAAAAACUAGACGAAAAAAAAACGAAAAAAGUAAACAGCGUAAUCGUGCAAGCGAACAGUGAAACAAUAAAACAAAAAUAUGUUUAAAAUCAUUGUUCCGAACAGGUCCAUUUUUCGAUAUUUCAGCAAAACUAGCCGAAACAGGACUUAUGUUAGGAUCGUUGAAGUUGGACCGAGGGAUGGUUUGCAAAAUGAAAAACAAGUCGUACCAACUUCCACGAAAAUUGAAUUCAUUAACAAGUUAUCAGAUGCAGGACUAAAAUCGAUAGAGGCCACCAGUUUUGUGUCACCAAAAUGGGUUCCUCAAAUGGCAGACCACUCAGAAGUGUUCAUGGGAAUUAACAAGUACCCUGAUGUCAGCUAUCCUGUUCUAACUCCAAAUGUUUUGGGCUUGAAUGCUGCAAUGAAGGUAGGGGCUAAAGAAGUAGCUGUUUUUGGGGCUGCAUCAGAAUCUUUCAGUCGAAAGAACAUCAAUUGCACUGUAGAAGAAAGUAUUCAAAGAUUUAAAGAAGUUGUGAAUGAGGCGAAACAGCAUGGAAUACGAAUUCGCGGAUACGUGUCUUGUGUAGUUGGAUGCCCCUACGAGGGUCCCAUCGCACCCUCCGCUGUUGCCAAAGUUGCUGAAGCAUUAUUCGACGUCGGAUGCUAUGAAGUUUCCCUAGGUGAUACAAUUGGAGUAGGAACUCCUGGGUCUAUCAGCAAAAUGUUAAAGGAAGUCACGAAGCACGUUUCCGUUGAGACGCUAGCACUCCAUUGCCACGACACGUACGGGCAAGCCUUGGCUAACAUCUUAAGAGGAAUUGAUAUGGGGAUAGCCGUCGUAGAUUCAUCUGUUGGGGGAUUAGGCGGAUGUCCAUAUGCAAAGGGAGCAUCAGGUAAUGUGGCGUCGGAGGAAGUUGUCUACAUGUUGCACGGGCUCGGUAUAGACACAGGAGUUGAUCUGAAUAAGCUAAUCGAUGCAGGCGAGUACAUGUGCGCUGUGCUAGGGCGGCCGAGUGGAUCAAAAGUAAGUCGUGCCAUGUUGUCAAAAAAAUGUUGAGAUGCAAGGCAUGUGCAUACAGUACUGUACAACACAAAAUGUAAUAUAUUUAAUGUUCAUCUAUAAA